AUCAACACCAGGCGCCUCGGUGGCGGUGCGGGCGACAGCAGAGGCGGAGGAGGCUGGCCUCGGUGUUUUAGGCUGAGAUGCCACUCAGCACGACUGGCAUCCUGAGCUCCGCUUCUACUGCUUCCAACAGGUCGAAGAAUAGGACUCGCUACCGGACCAAAGCCGUGAGCUCUGAGGUGGACGAAAGCCUCUUUGGAGGCAUCAAGCCCCUGGCACAUGGAAGGAGCCCGAGCGACAGCCCCAUCGUGCUGCUCCAAGAUAGGCACACCAUUCGGAAAACGCUCAACGCCCUGGCCUGGGACCGUAAGCCGGAGACCAUCCAGCUCAUCACCCGGGACAUGGUCCGGGAACUCGUUGUUCCCACAGAGGAUCCCUCCGGGGAGUCCCUAAUCAUCAGCCCUGAGGAGUUUGAGCGAAUCAAAUGGGCGUCCCACAUCCUGACCAGAGAAGAAAUCGAAGCCAAGGAGCAGGCCUUCAAGAAAGAGAAGGAAGCCAUCUUGGAUGCAGUGAUGACACGCAAGAAGAUCAUGAAGCAGAAGGAGAUGGUGUGGAGCAACAACAAGAAGCUCAGCGACCUGGAAGAGCAGGCCAAGGAGCGGGCCCAGAACCUCCUGCAGAGAGCCAACCAGCUGCGGAUGGAGCAAGAGGAGGAGCUCAAGGACAUGAGCAAGAUCAUCCUCAAUGCCAAGUGCCACGCCAUCCGGGAUGCCCAAAUCCUGGAGAAGCAGCAGAUCCAAAAAGAACUGGAUGCAGAGGAGAAGCGGUUGGAUCAGAUGAUGGAAGUGGAGCGGCAAAAGUCCAUCCAAAGGCAGGAGGAGCUGGACAGGAAGAGGAGGGAGGAAAGAAUAAGAGGAAGACGGCACAUCGUGGAACAGAUGGAAAAGAACCGGGAGGAGCGGUCACUGCUUGCCGAGCAGAGGGAGCAGGAGAAGGAGCAGAUGCUGGAGUAUAUAGAACAGCUCCAGGAGGAGGACCUGCGGGACAUGGAACGGAGGCACCAGCAAAAACUGAAGAUGCAAGCCGAGAUUAAGCGCAUCAAUGACGAAAACCAGAAACAAAAAGCAGAGCUGCUGGCUCAGGAGAAGCUGGCAGACAAGCUGGUGAUGGAGUUCACCGAGAAGAAGAUGGCUCGAGAAGCAGAGUUUGAGGCUGAGCAGGAGAGGAUUCGGAGGGAGAAAGAGAAGGAAAUUGCCCGCCUGAGGGCCAUGCAGGAGAAGGCCCAGGACCACCAGGCAGAACAGGAUGCCUUGCGGGCCAAACGCAACCAGGAGGCUGCAGACAGAGAGUGGCGCAGAAAGGAAAAGGAAAAAGCACAGAAGAAGAUAGAAACGGAGGCCAAGCUGAGGAAAAGUCGGCUGGAACAGGUGGCUUUCAAGGAACACACGGUGGCUGUUCAGGUGCAGCGGGACCGGGAUGAGUUCGAGAGGAUUCUUCGGGCUCAGAGAGAGCAGAUUGAGAAGGAGCGGCUGGAGGAGGAGAAGGCGGCCACAGGACGCUUACAGCACGCCAACGAGCUGCGGCGCCAAGUGCGCGAGAACCAGCAGAAGCAAGUGCAGAGCCGUAUCGCCACCUUCGAGGAGGGCCGGCGCCUCAAGGAGGAGGCCGAGAAGCGGCGUGAGCGCAUUGACAGCAUCAAGAAGAAAAAGCUGGAGGAGCUAAGAGCUGCCGGCCUCCCUGAGAAAUACUGCAUUGAAGCUGAGCGCAAAGCUAACAUCCUGCCAGCCACCUCUGCGAACUGAGGGGGCCUUCGCAUGUGGCCCUGGGGAUGCCUUCAGGGGACAGAUUCUGCCAGCCUCUGGGCGCCCGUAAUUGCUGCUAACCUAGACAU